CAAAUACAAGCUUGCGAUAUUGCCAUUCAAGAGAGGCACAAAAGAACAUUCAUUCACUCAAGCGUUAGAACGGUCUUUCAAGAACCCUUUGAUUUUCGUCUUCCAGGGUUGUUCAACAUUGUCCAAUUUAAUAACGAUGUGUGCAACAUUACGGCCACGCAACAAGGUGUCUGCUACACCGCCACAGAGUGCGUCAACAAGGGAGGAGUUCCCAAGACAUCCUGUGCGGCAGGAUUUGGGACUUGUUGUUUGUUUGAGAACUCUUGCUAUGGAGUGGUGGACCAGCAGGUGGCUUACUUUCAAAACCCAAAGUACCCCGCAGUAGAUGGGGAUCCGAACUAUUGCACAUACAGCAUCAAGGUCCGGAAUCGAGACGUCUGCCAAGUUCGAUUGGACUUGGACAAAUUCGAAACAAUUGGACCAUCCAUGACAACGCUCCCAUUUGGCCAAUGCUCAAGUGAUCGGAUGGCUAUUUUUGGGGGUCGAAAUCAGUUUGGUCUCUCAGAGGGAAACCUUCUUUGUGGGGAUCUCACCGGACAACAUUUGUACAUUCCCAUUGACAACAAUGCUCAGCAAGAAGAAGAGAUCAUCCGUUUAUUUGCAAUGGUGGGCACUUCCGACUCUUUGACAGCUUCAGCGGACACGUCCAUCAAGAAUUACACAUGGAGUAUUAAGAUCACUCAAAUUGAUUGCUCCAUCCAGCACAAACUUCAAGGUAUCUCGAUGUUGUUUGAUCAAAAAAUUUAUGAGAAAUGUGACUUAUUAUGAACAUGUUUCAGCUCCCAGUGGAUGUCUUCAAUAUCACACGAGUCUUGUUGGAUCCAUUGAGACGUUCAACUUCAACGAUAUCGCUAGUCCCUAUCCGAUAUCGAUGGAUUAUGCCAUUUGCAUUCAACGUCAACCUGGAUUUUGUGGAGUCAAGUUGUCCACUAGCACCCUUGGGGACAGUUUUGGCUUGAAUACGAACUCGGCUCUAACCACGGAUGGUUUUGAGGCUGAUUGCUACGAUACCAACGGAACCAAUCCAAUUCUCUCGAGUGACUACCUGGAACUAUUAGGCGGCUACUCCCUGCAACAGAUGAACCAGAUUCCGGCCUCUAAAAUUUGUGGCCUCUACGAUGGAACCACUGCCGUUUUCCCCGGGGUAUAUUCCUCGUUCCCGGGUCCCAUUACUCUCCGUUUUCGCUCGGACGGGAGCUUGAAGGCCUUUGGAGGAGCCGGCCCAGCCAUCAAUGCCGAUCAAGCCCAAGGGAUCGUUGCCUCCGGCGGUGAAAAAGGCUUUCGUCUCUCUUACUCAUUAACACCUAAUUGUCCGUAAAUGGCAUUCAUUAAAUAGAGAACUUUGUCAGAGUCUCAAGAACCGAAAUAAAGAUGUUGGUUUUCAAUAUUUCACCGUUGGCAAAGAAAGCCGCCAAGAACCAUUGUCAAAUGGACAGAGAGGCCAUAUUUGAGAAUUUGAGAAUUUGCAAUGCUCUAUCAAAGGGAAUGUAAAAUAAAUUUUUGAAACUGCUUACGUUUCCUAAAACUGGUUUUGGUUCAAGUGGUCAAACCAUUGCACUAUUAGUACAAGGACCAACUCAUCCACUCUACUCAUAGAUUAUGCUGAAUUUUUCAAGUCUGAGUCAUCUGAUCGACGUCAAAAUCGAAGUGCAUGAUUUAUUU